AUGUACAGUACCCCCUCACCUGAAUCUCCAGAUGAUAGCAAACCAGAGAUCCCUGCUGCUGUCCUCCAGUCUCCAGUGCCAGACCCUCUCCAGUCACCCCCAGAGCCAGACCCUCUCCAGUCACCCCCAGAGCCAGACCAUCUCCAGUCACCCCCAGAGCCAGACCCCUCUCCAGUCACCCCCAGAGCCAGACCCCUCUCCAGUCACCCCAGAGCCAGACCCCUCUCCAGUCACCCCCAGAGCCAGACCCUCUCCAGUCACCCCCAGAGCCAGACCCUCUCCAGUCACCCCCAGAGCCAGACCCCUCUCCAGUCACCCCCAGAGCCAGACCCCCUCCAGUCACCCCCAGAGCCAGACCCCUCUCCAGUCACCCCCAGUGGUUGUUUGAGCCAGACCCCUCUAGCCAGAUCACCCCCAGAGCCAGACCAUCUCCAGUCACCCCCAGAGCCAGACCCCUCUCCAGUCACCCCCAGAGCCAGACCCCUCUCCAGUCACCCCCAGAGCCAGACCCUCUCCAGUCACCCCCAGAGACAGACCCUCUCCAGUCACCCCCAGAGCCAAACCCUCUCCAGUCACCCCCAGAGCCAGACCCUCUCCAGUCACCCCCAGAGCCAGACCCCUCUCCAGUCACCCCCAGAGCCAGACCCUCUCCAGUCACCCCCAGAGCCAGACCCUCUCCAAUCCAGACCCCUCUCCAGUCACCCCCAGAGCCAGACCCCUCUCCAGUCACCCCCAGAGCCAGACCCCUCUCCAGUCACCCCCAGAGCCAGACCCCUCUCCAGUCACCCCCAGAGCCAGACCCUCUCCAGUCACCCCCAGAGCCAGACCCUCUCCAGUCACCCCCAGAGCCAGACCCUCUCCAGUCACCCCCAGAACCAGACCCCUCUCCAGUCACCCCCAGAUCCAGACCCCUCUCCAGUCACCCCCAGAGCCAGACCCCUCUCCAGUCACCCCCAGAGCCAGACCCCUCUCCAGUCACCCCCAGAGCCAGACCCCUCUCCAGUCACCCCCAGAGCCAGACCCCUCUCCAGUCACCCCCAGAGCCAGACCCUCUCCAGUCACCCCCAGAGCCAGACCCUCUCCAGUCACCCCCAGAGCCAGACCCUCUCCAGUCACCCCCAGAGCCAGACCCUCUCCAGUGACCCCCAGAGCCAGACCCUCUCCAGUCACCCCCAGAGCCAGACCCUCUCCAGUGACCCCCAGAGCCAGACCCCUCUCCAGUCACCCCCAGAGCCAGACCCUCUCCAGUCACCCCCAGAGCCAGACCCCUCUCCAGUCACCCCCAGAGCCAGACCCCUCUCCAGUCACCCCCAGAGCCAGACCCUCUCCAGUCACCCCCAGAGCCAGACCCUCUCCAGUGACCCCCAGAGCCAGACCCUCUCCAGUGACCCCCAGAGCCAGACCCUCUCCAGUGACCCCCAGAGCCAGACCCUCUCCAGUCACCCCCAGAGCCAGACCCUCUCCAGUCACCCCCAGAGCCAGACCCUCUCCAGUCACCCCCAGAGCCAGACCCCUCUCCAGUCACCCCCAGAGCCAGACCCCUCUCCAGUCACCCCCAGAGCCAGACCCUCUCCAACACGUAACUUCUACAGUAAGACACGUAACUUCUACAGUAAGACACGUAACUCCUACAGUAAGACACGUAACUUCUACAGUAAGGCACGUAACUUCUACAGUAAGGCACGUAACUUCUACAGUAAGGCACGUAACUUCUACAGUAAGGCACGUAACUUCUACAGUAAGGCACGUAACUUCUACAGUAAGCUAUCUUGA